AUGGCGGCGGCGUUAAUGUUAUUGAUUGGUCAUUGCAUCUACCGGAGAGCCAGAUGUGCGAUGCGCGAGGACCUCUACGAGUGACCGCCGCUCCUCCUCCUCACCACAAUUACUCACACGGCCAGGGACUCGUAUGUCAUGCACGCUUGCGUCCGUCCGGCUCCACAUCGUCCAGCCCAUAUCCAGCCAUCUCUGGGACUCGUUUGGGAAGUCAGAAUGGAGCUGGAUGGCCUUUUUGACUUGGAUAUAUCCAAUGAAAAAUUUGAGCAAAAUCUAUACGGACAACUUUGAAAAACCGGGAGCUUCUUUGAGAUAAUUCCCUAUUGAAAUAAAAUUGGAAGGUACGUGUUGUGAAGGCUAUGAUCAGUUAUUUUGGAGUUCAUUGCAAGAUAGCUCUGAUCAUCCAGAAAGACAACAAAUAAAAAGCUAAGACUGAAGCUCAGAAUAGAGCUGGGUGGCCUUCACAAAAUGGAAAUUUGAGCAAUAUCUUCAAAUUAAAAAAAACUGCGUGUUUUUGAGCUUAAAAUUUAAGUGGAAGGUUUGCGAUUUUACGACGACAUAAAAAAAUAAAGCUUAUCAAUUUUUUGGACUUAUACACAAGCCAUAACAGCCAGAUACUCCUGCUGAAACUGAAAAACAGAGCUAUGUGACCUUUUUGACGCAAAAAAAUAAAACAUUCGGUGGAUACUUCGAACGGAAAAAAAUUUAAAAAAAUAUAAAAGUUUAGACAUUGCUAAAUUUAAUUUCAAAAAUUAUUAAAAACAAAUUUACAAGCUGUUCUUUUUUGCCUGACUUGGUUAAGAUACCGUUUUCGAAUCAUGCAUUGGUAUCACCUAUGCGAUGAAUUUGAACAAUCGAAACUUUGAUUCAAUUUUCAGAACAUUUAAAUAGGCGCCCUACGUAAAACCAAUUAUUAUCAGAAGUACGUCUUAAAAACUAUAAAACUUGCCGGAACAGAAAAAUUUUUUACUUUAAAGCUCUUUGAAAGACAUAACGAGAAGAUUGAAAAUUGCGAAAUGCUAGGAAUGCUGCGAAAAAAAAAACUGGAAGACGAGCUUAUGAGUGCAAUUUCCGCCAAAAUUAAACAACGCAAAGGACGAUGAUUGCAAUUCUCAGCUUUUUCUCUUCUAGAAAAUUUCAAACAGCGUUCUUCCAUUCAAACUGAGCCGCUGUCUUUAGAGAAACUGCGCUCAAUUGGAUUUUCAACGAACAAAAGUCACUCGGAGCAGAUGGUCGAUUUCAUAGCUCUUAAUGAAAAUUAUUUUGUCAACAAUAGUACUAAAUCACUUUCACACUUGUUCUAAUCCGUUUGAAUCGUUACAUUUUAAGAACUAGGACAUUGAAGAAAGUGUGCGUCAACUCUCCUUAACGGGAAAAGGUGAAUGGAGUAUAUGAACAAUAGAGUUAUAACAAAAGAAGGUCCGUUUUUGUAGUAAAUAAAUGUCAUUCCCAACCAUAGUCAUUCAACUGCACACUCCAAAGUAAUUUCAAAAAGCAUUUAUAGAAAAAGGGAAUUUUCGGCCAAUAAUUCCUUGAGCUUCAGAAAUAAAAAAUCACUUCCAACUAACGAAUAAAUAAAAUAGUUGUUUAAUAAAAAAUGAUGUUCAAACAAAUGGAGCACUGAAAACCAGGAAAUUUCAAAAAAAGAUAUAAAAAGCCCAGACCAGAAGGCCUCUUUUAAAAUUUUAUCUUCGCGGCGACUCAAUUAGGACGCGGUGUUUGCAGAUAAUUUGCGUUGAGAAUCUUACGGUAAUCCGAUUUACGCAAAACUGCCAAACUUUUUUUCAAUUAUUAUAGGGUUACAAAAAUUUUUUUGUGAAAGUUAUAUUGCUUUCAAGAUGUUCACAGUAAUGUUUUUUUAACUAGAACAUUGACGAUUUUUUUGUUCAAUUAUCAAUUUUUUUAAUAUUUAACUUUUUGGCUUUUUUCAAUUCAGAAUGUUUUAACAUCCAAUAAAAAUAUUUGUUAUUACGAUACAUGAAAAAAAGAAAUUUCAACGUUUUUUUCACGUUUUCAAUUUUUUUGUAAUUGCUUUUUUUAAUCUCAUUUUGGAAACAUUAAUAUAGAAAUUUUUUUAAAUCAGACAUCAUUUUCUUUGGACGCCGCACGCAAAGAACAAGUACGGGCGUUAUAUUUUUGUUGGUAGUUUUUUUAAUGGUGGUAUGAAAAAAACACCAGCGAAAGUUCAAACGGCGACUUUUUCCGAUUUUUUUCAUAUCGCUAGAGAACUUUCCGACGGCCACUUUUUCCGACGGAUCCCUUUCCGACUUUUUUUCCCUUAUCUUUUUUUCGGUUUUUUUAAAACAUUAACAUUUUUUUCCUAUUUCUUUGUGUUUUAAUCAUCAACUAACUACCUUCUUUAUGUAGGAAUAUUAAAAACGAAGAUUUUAUCGAGAAAAAAAGUCGGAAAAAGAUUCGUCGGAAAGGUGGCCGUCGGAAAGUUCCCUGGCGAUAUGAAAAAAUCGGAAAAGUCGCCGUUUGAAUUUUCGCUGGUCUUUUUUUCAUACCACCUUUUUAAUAUACACUUAUUGCUUAACAUUGACUGUCCUUUACAGGCCUCAAAUCUGUUACUCUACACCUCAAAUAUACAGCAAAAAAAUGAGCUUCCAUUUGCAAGUUUACUCUUAAGCAGUAAAUAGUAUGCAAAGAAAUAGAUUAAAAAAAUGAAAGUAUAGAUUUUUCUACCAAGUAUUUGGAUGAAAAUUCGGUGUUGAAAGUUUUAGCGAAGGCUAAUUUUUUUAACAAUUUUUUUGAAAAAAAUUGAAGACCAUAGAAAAAUUAAAAGAGUUAUCGAUUUUAUAGACGCUAUUAUUGUUGUUGCUCUUAGGAAAGACCUAAACUAAUAAAAGUAGGCAAUGAACACGGCAAAUGACGUGAAAAAUUAAAUAUUUUGGACAACAAAUCUUCAUAAAAAGCUAUUCGCCUGGGCUGCACUUGAUCUCUGAAAGUUAAUAAAAAGCCAUGAAAUUUUUUUAUAUAUUCAAUUAAAAAGAUGAAUAUAUUGAUCAAAAUUUUUGAAAGAAGCGAGAAUUUCUGGCCAAAGGAGUUCUACAAAGAAGACUCGGGCUUUACGAACAAGAAAUUGCCACAAAUAUUCCUUUUCAAGAGGUAAAUCCUGAAGUAUGGUUAAAUGUGUCAUUUUUCCAGACCAAACGCGAAUCAGAAAUGGAACUAACAGAACCUUCAGCCGAAAAUAUGAACUGCUUGAAAACGAUGAAGGUUUGUUGAAAUUCGCUUUUAACCGUCGGAAAUUCCCCUCAUGGGAUGGAUUGGGAUCAAUUGAAAUAUUCGAAAUUUUGAAUAAUUACUGUUUUCAGGAAAUUAUUCAAAUCAUAUCUGAAUGGUACUCCGCAGUUUCACGAUUGAACCAUUUGAAGUUCAGACCAAAUUUUUAUCAACUGAGUCGUUAG